AUGGGCGUACUGGAAGAUGAUUCCCAGCUUCAACCGAACGGCCGGCCCACCCACGGCCGAAUUAUCGGCUACAAGUACCUUGAAAAGCAGGGUGACAAGUCCAGCCGUCCUCCUCACGGCAACCUUGAGAAGGUUGACGUCGACAUACCAGAGACGACAACGGAGCUCCGAACCAUCAAGGGCGAGGAGUACGUGGUUCUCGGGUUCACCCCGGACGACCCACAGGACCCAUUCAACUGGACUAGGAAGCGGAAAGCAACUAUCAGCAUAGCGCUCUGCUUGAUGACCUUGUUCGUCGGUCUCGGAACAACAGCAUACAGCUCGACUAUCGCGAGAAUGACGAAAGAUCUGGGCGUUUCAGUUGAAUUGGGACAGCUGGGACUGUUCACGUUCAAUAUGGCCUGCGCCUUGGCUCCCCUAUUCCUAGCGCCGUUCUGCGAGAUGGUUGGCCGGCGAAUCGUCUAUGUCAGCGCCUUUGCCUUGUACAUCGUUGUAUUCGUUGGGCUCGCUCUUGGGCAUAACAUCGCAACCAUCCUGGUCAUGCGUACGCUCUCUGGCCUGUUUGGUUCCGUUGGCACUAUUCUAGUCGGCGGUACAUUCAGCGACAUAUACAGGCCCGACUUCAGGGCGAGGCCAAUGGCGCUGUUCUCGUACGUUGCCAUCCUUGGUACCGUGGCCGCCCCAAUCUACGCCGGCUUCAUCGACGAAACCCUGGGAUGGCGAUGGGUAGAGGGCAUCCAAGGCCUGGCAAGCGUACCAGUCCUCAUCUUCGUCUUCUUUGUCCUUCGGGAGACUCGUGGUAGCGUCACUCUUUCCCACCGAGCAAACGCCUUGCGCGAGGCGACCGGUGACGAACGCUACAAGACGGAAGUGGAGCUGCAAGAGACCAGCCUGAAGAAGAUGCUGCAUGACUCCAGCGUGAAAGCUGCGCACAUGCUUGUGACGGAGCCUGUCGUUUUCUGGUUUGGAUUGUGGAUUGCUUUUGCUUGGUUUGUGACCUUCCUUUUCCUUUCGGUAAUCCCAAUCACCUUCGAGGAAAAGCGCGGAUGGCGCGAAGGUAUAGCUGGGCUGCCAUACAUCUCUCUCUCCAUUGGCUCGACUCUAGGAUUUGCGGCCAACUUCCUUCAAAGCUGGAAAUACAACUCUGUCUCAAAGGCGUGCAAAGCAAAAAACGUCCCAGUUCCACCAGAAGCUCGCCUGUAUGGUGCCAUGUUUGGUGCUUGCUUCCUCCCGAUUGGCCUGUUCAUCUACAGUUUCACUCAAUACCGUGGCCUUAGCUGGGUUGGUCCCGCCAUAGCGCUCGCGCCUAUUGCCUUUGGGAUUUUCUUUAUAUUCGAGUCGACUUACAGCUACACGUCUGACUGUUAUGGAGAAAGCUCCUCGUCCGCGAUUGCCGCUCAGGGCUUCUUCCGCAACACUCUCGGGGCUGUCUCGCCUCUUUUCGCUUCUCAGUUCUUCCACAACGUUGGGAGCCAGUAUGCUGGUCUCAUCCUCUCCCUCAUUGGCACUGUUUUGUCUUUUAUCCCUCUUAUCAUGUUCAAGUACGGUCCCGCUCUUAGGGCCCACUCUCAACUCGCUAGGACAGUCAAGGAGGGAUAA